AUGUCAAACUUUAGGGCAAAAUUACGUAACAGUGUAUCACUUUGUUUUGAUUUGUGAUUUGUCCCCGUUUUGUUUUUGGCGCGUAAAACUCAAGUGACCUUUGGGUUUCUGACCACGUGACCAUGGACGUCCCCACCCAGCUGGAACCGCCCCUUCCGCCGGAGGUUUGGGAGCGCAUCUUCCGGUUCUGCGCCGUUCGCGAGCUCCGUUUGGUUUGCCGCCGCUGGAACGACAUCGUGGCGGGCUGUCCCGCGCUCCGACAGAAGCUCACGGUCCGCUUCCGAAGCGUGAAGUUCGGUGCGGGUUACGUUCCGUCGGUGGUUCCGCCGGCGGCGAACGCGCAGCUCAACCAUUGCUUGAUCCGAACGGUCGACGACGGCUGGUGGCCGGAUUUCGGACGGAAUUUGACACAGCUGUCCCUGGAGGAGUGCCGAAUCGCACCGCCGGUGCUGUUCCGGAUGCUGCGAGGUUGUCCGAAUUUGAGGGAAUUUAAGCUGGUUGAAGUUAAGCUGCUUGCUGGGGAAGUAGAGGCCGUGGAUUUUGUGUUAGACGGGAUGGAAAAAUUCAGUAUGGUCGAUCUAUCGUGCUCUGAGGACGGAUCUGAGAUCCUGGACAGCUUCAAGCUGAUUUUUCCCCGACUGAAGUCCUUUUCGAUGCAAGACUCAGAUGACGACAUUUGGGAUGCCUUGUUCACUGGAAGGCUAGUACAGUGGAUCGAGACUAUUAAGGAAACGCUUCAAGUCCUUGAAGUGUAUCUUGAUCACGAUCUUCUCGAGCGACUGAGCGAGGUUGAACUGUUACAACUUAAGCAAGCAGAAUACGGCAUUGACUGCUCCUCAUCAUACUGGGAUAUCAACCUGUGGACGAAACUCUGCCGAAAUCAACCAUCCGUGUGGGAUAUUAACCUGUGGGGCAGCAACAUAAACGAUGAGGCUAUUAAGGUUCUCGUGACCAACAUGCCUACUUUGAGGAUGCUCGAUGCCGAACUGGACAGCCCCUCGCAGAUCGUCCCUUCGUUUUUGGGUCACCUCAUUGCCGUCCAAAACGUAACCAUCGGUGUAGAUUCGCUCGCCCUCGCUUUCACCGCAUCGUUCAGUCCCAGCCUGACCAGCUUGACCAUUUACGAGGCGUACCUAGAGGAUGGCAUUACAUACCUCAUGAAUUCGCCCCACCUCCAGGAACUGUCCCUAGUCCAGUGCGACCUCACCAAGUGCCCCAUCCCACCCGCGGUCCAAACCUUCAGCGCCCUGAAGCUGCUCGAGCUGAGCGAGUGCAAGAUCGCGAAAAAAGUGCUCGAUUUCACCGUCAGUUGCCAUCCCGCGCUGGAGACGGUGCUGUUUAGUGGCAUGAAAUCCGUCCGCAUCGAUACCGUCGUGACGCUGCUGCUGCUUUCGCCCAAACUGCACCGGGUUGAGCUGCUGGGAUGUGAGCGGUUUGCGGGCUUCACUUCCGGCGCGGAGGUCAUGCGGCACUACCACCGAGUGCACGGCUCGGCGGACGGGUCGCGGAGCGUGAGCUUUGCAUUGGUGUGAAUUGUCGUUGUUGGAAGGAAAUAAAAUGCUCUUGUUCAAACAGUAUCGUAUAAA